CGCACACACCUAUAGGUCCGACCCUGAUACUACUACUACCUACUACCACAUCUUGGCCGCUGGAAGGUUGUUCGAAGGUCCUAGUCUGCUGGUAGCACAGACUAGGCGGUGUGCUCAACCUCCUCUUGACACCCCUACACAGCGUGCCUCGAAGUCAUAUCCGUGAACCAAGCCUAUUAUUAGGCUGAUCGUCACGAUGGCCGGCCCCGAGUUGUCGAAGAGACCUAGACUGUCUCUGCAAACCAAGCCGUCAUCCGGACCAUCCUGUAAGUCGACGAAGAGCUCGUCGGCGACUGUAAAUCCCAGGUCACGAACGGCUUUCAAUACCCUGUCAAAUGUUUAUGUUACUGCCAUCGAGAGAUCGACGCCGGUUCAGUCGACGCCUUUGACGGCCAUUAAUCUUCACCGACCUUUAAGACUCCAGACGGACCCGGAAUCCCUCAGGGGCCUCCGGCAGGGAGCAGAGUCGCCUUAUACCACGACGCUGCCGGAUACCCCGUUAUCCGCCAAUCCCACCUCGCCAGCCCAACAGACGGAAAUCGUGUUCCCGAGUACUAUGACGGCGACUCCGCCCUUAUCCGCCGGACCAGUUGAGUCAUCCGAGCCUAGCAAGUUCCCGUUUGCACCCACCGACACGAGGAAACAGGCACUACCGUCUUCCCCUGCGCAGAGCCGGCGCCGAGUGAUUUACGCGCAGUUUAUGUCGUCUGCAAAAGCGCCCUACAGCCGCGACAGCUCUCUUCACAGCAUCCUGCGCAAUUCCCCCCUCCCCCCUCCAGCAGCUUUGUCACCCAACUCGCCGAGAAGACAGUCACGUCGCCUACAAGAGAAGGCAGAAAGACAUGUGGGGUAUGUCUCUCCACUUACACAGACCAUCACGACGGAGAAGUACACCAGGUCACACAUCGAUCUCCUCGCGGACGAUGCGUCGCCCUACACACCCUCGCCGAUUGCGGAAGAUUCUGAUAUGGCACUGGGCCUCGCGACAGCGCACGCGGGCGACGAAACACGUGAUGGCGGAGAGACCCCGGGACCGUUCGAGGAUAUGCGGAGGCGAAUGACUGGAUUAGGAGCGGAGACGGCUCUCCACUCACCGAGACCAGAUGGCAUCCGCAAACGCAAGAGGAAGGAGAAGAAGCGGAAAUGGGUGUGGACUAUCGGCCAGGACGACGAGGAGAAUGAGAGCGGUGCCAUGAUGGCUCUCCAAGCUGCGGCGGAAACUUCCGUGUCUGGACACUCUACAACCGCGUCAUCACCUUCGUCUGUUUCCCUAUCCUCGGCUUCGCCCGCAGAAGCAGCAACAGAGGAACCCAUCACCGGUAUCCGGAGUGCAGAGCCUUUCGGAUCGGAAUCCGACACGACAGCAGGUCACAUGGACAUCGAGAUGUUCGACGUAGGAAGCAGAAUUCUAAGUAGGGCCACAACUCCUCACAGCGCCAGUCUAGACGCAAUGGAGACCCCGACAGCUCCAGUGUGCAGCGCAGCGCUGGAGAAGGUAGACGGAGCGGGGCCUGCAGAACUGACCAGCUCCGAGGCUGGAGAAAGAAGAGACUCGCCGGUUCCCCCGGAUUUGGUGAAUCACGAGUAAGCCCAACACGGCGGAAACAAACUGGGACGGGAUAUGCCGCGGUUACACGGGACUGAUAGAACCGGAGCUUGUAUAGCUGGCAGUACGGAAAAAGGAAUGGGGUAUGGUUCACACGCAUACCACGAGGCAUACGGAGAGCAUUGGGUGGGGCAGUUAAGGCUCUGGCAUUGGCGUUAUUCGAUACCAUAGCAUCGUGUCUUUCGGAUUCUGGAUUGGCUCAGAGGGGUACGCGAGCGUACGCAAUGGGUAUGAAAUGGACAGCAUCUUGGCGAGCCUGAGAUGUGACCUGCAAUGAAGCUUAUGAACCUAGUAACGAGAAAUGGAUUCCAGUCUCAUAAUUGAUAGAUCCACCCUGCAAGUGACAUUCUAGCGGCGGC